UCGAGAUCCAACUCAGGUCUCAGAGGUCCAUCCUUGAGAGAACCACCCUCUGCUAGAGAUCGUCCGUAUUGAGCAUCGUUGCUCUCCAUCACAACGUCCGCUAUGAUCGAGGUCCUCUACAGUGGGCAGACCUCCUUGGAGGAGCCCAGAACCCCGUUCACCAAGGAGGAUCACAUCAGGAGGGAGCUCGGUUUCUUAAGAGGGACCAAACGUGCUCCGCGCCGGUCACAGACCCACCACGAAUACAUCCUCCCUCAGCCGGCGGCUUUCAGCCUCUACCCAACCCGGCAGCAGCUCCAACUUACCACCGAGGACAGGUCCCAGAGGCCACCAUUGACCUCGGGAGAGUCAGGCAAGCAUGAGGACGACAGAUCGAGGGCACCGGUGCGCAGGCCCCCUCUCGGCCCUCCGCGAAGAUCAUACUCGACGACGGAUCAGAAGCCGAUUCCUCGUCGCCACCGGCCCUCGGCCAGGCUAACGCUGAUGGACCUGCCCGCGGAACUCCACUUUGUCAUCUUCGACUUCCUCGACCCUAUCGACAGCACUUGCUUCGGCCUGACCAGCAAGCACUUCUACGCUAUCCACCGCCGCCUGCACGGCACCGUGCCACUCACGGCUCGCCGGACCGGACCGAACGACCUCGAAUGGGCGUGGCAUUUGGCGCAUAAUAUCGUUCGCAAGAACCCCACGGCUGUCAGCAGCAAGGAUGCCGAGGCGGCGCCACUGAACGGGCUUGGGGAGAAGGAGAAGAAUGCGCUGUCCAAUCUGCGUGUUAGAGGUCAGGGUUAUUGCCGCAUGUGCGGCGUCACGCGGUGUCAGCUGCACAAGCACAUCCAGGAAUGGAUGUGCGAGGGAUUGGAGUACUGCUACGUCAAGGAGAAGUAUGGGCCCAUCGCGCCCGCGGGAGCCAAGUCUUAUUGCUACAUGAGCCGGCCAGGGGACAGGUACAGGUGUGGGAGGCACUCCAUGAGCAAGGACAAGGUUCAGUUGCGGUAAAACCGGUUUCGACCUGUGAUGGCAUCGCAAAAGGAAUGUCUCCUCGUGUUGGAGCAGCAUUGCUCUCUGCGUCAUGUCUUUGGGUCCAGGCGGAUGGGGCAUGCAAGGUUUCAAAUGUGCGCCGAUGUUCGAGUUGCCCUUGAGAUUCAGCACC